AAUAUAUAACUAAUUUAAUGGUACUUAUUUUAUAUUAUGAUUGUUAUUAUUUUUUUAUAAAUUUACUCAAAAUUUUAAACUAUUUGAUUCUAUUCUUUUGUGGACGGAGGAAGUACGUUCUAAACUGUUUCUAGAUUUGCAACAACAGAAUUGACACACCAAACAAUCAGCUUCCGUGCACUCUGUAUUCUGUACUCCAUACAAAAUACUAGUUCUCUGACGGCUGACGCGGGCCGUUCAGCACGGGUAAUGUUGUGUUCAAGCGAGCGCGACAACUCGAAUUCGGCUAGUUGCCCUUCUUGUUAUCCUGUGAGGCUGUGACGCGGCAGGGACACGUGUCUGGCAAGCUGCCCAUCAGAAGCCUUGAUUCUAAUUGCGGACUAGAACGCAUGGUCUUGUCGAAAUCCUCCUAACUACAGUAACCUGAUUGGAUAAAAUUUCAGCAUAUACAAUCAGAGUCUGACAGGUCGUGAGCUCUUAUGUGGCGACCUUCAGUUGGUUCUUCUGAGGUCGGUACUAGUUGUUUCUUGAAUUGCCUGGCAAAAGAAAAGAAAAGAACUAUGAAGGUGAAAGUGAAAGGUGGUUGUGGAAGGCAGGCAAAGAAGGCGGGGAAACCAAGCGAGAAAGGUGAAUGACUUUUAUUUUUUCUCGAACAUGAAGGAGAGCUGCGUAUCUUUGUAUCAAGAGAGGAAAGUUGAUCAUUAAGUGGCGGAUUUGUGCUGGUUCUUGGUGCGACAGCAAUAACAAAGGUCGUCUCUGCCCUAUCCUGAUCCUGUUGAAGAUUCCCCGCUUUGGUGGCCGGCCAAACAGGAGUGGGAAGGGCGAAGCGAGGGUUUGGUGGCAAAGACGGGUCGAUUGGAACUAGGACUGGCGCUAAUCGGAGUUUAUUUCGGUUCUUGCGUGCUGAGUGCUGACGACAUCGGCAAGAUAAGAGGGACGGUGUUCGGGGAAUUGCCUCCUUGGGGGCGGCUGAGGAGGAGGAGCAAGGAUGACGAUGCCGUGGGGAGUCGCGGUUUGCAUCGUGGACAUGGUGUGGGCGGUGCUCGCCGGCUGGGUGUCCACCUGCCUGUUAGUAGCCAAUGAGGUCGCCCGCGCCAUGCGCAACGGCGAGAUUGGCCCAUUUGUCGUCGGCUGAGUUGUUCGACGUAGUUGAUUCAUUCGUUCCUGCAGGUAAGUGAUAAUGCUUCUGAAUUUCUCCGUGGUUUUCCGUCUGUGAUACUUCUGAGUUCUGAGUUCCGAAAUUGGGAAAUUGGCAGAUCACAGUUCUUUCCUUUUGCAUUAGUUUGUGCUAUGAAGGAGUGUGCAUAUCUGUUGUUGACAGCUCCUGUUGUUCAUCCUGAAAUUUUAAAUAUUUUUCUCAGUUUGGACUAUCAUAGUACUAUAAAAUGGCAGCAAAGAUGUAUGGGGGAACAUUUCAUUUUUGUUUUAGGUUUUAAGUGAAGUAGACAUCAUGAUUUUCUUUCACAAAAGAAACUUGAUGUCAGGGUCAUGUUCAUGUCUGGUCAGGAUUUAUCAUACUGGAAUUUUCUACAUGAUUUUAGCAGAGUACUUCAAUAUGAGCAACUGUGGUUGGCGAGGACAAAAUUAAGCAAUUCAGCUGGGAAAUUCUCUAUUCAGAGUACUGUCAUUUAUUCUUGGGUGAUUAACUUAUUAUGCGCAUUGGAUGGGAUUAACAUUUGGUUUUCACAUAAGAUAGUGACAAUUUUUCCAAAUUAUUUACGAGAGCUAGUUAUAGGUAGCUACUAAGCUUCCUGGCUAACAAACACCGGAUUUGGUUCCCUCCAAAAGAAAAACAUGCUUUAUUACUUGAAGUGUAAGGAACGGGAAAGCAUCAGCCCACCUCUUGAUCCAUAUAGUGUUUAAAUCGUCUCUUAAAUUCUGUUCGGCCUAUGAAACACUUGUGCACAUUCGAUGAUCUGACUUUCAGUGGAAGCAACUGGAACAGCUACUCCUGAAAACAUCACUAGUUUCAACAUAUGUACUGAACCCAUCUUUAUAUUUCUUACUGCACAACAUUUCAUGGUUUUUACAAUCGUGCACAUUCUGUGUGGCUGUAUGAAAAAUGUCUUCAGACCAAUUUUAUCAACUGCUGUUUGCUGGUAAUUACUGUUAAUACAAAGACAUUCUGUUUAUCUUUCCUUGUUGCAAGCUAUAUCUCUUCGACUUUAUCUAAUGCUUUUUCCAUCUUCUGGUGCAGGUAGUUCUUUUUCAGUCCAUUACAUUCGAUGGCAUUAUACUGUACAGAGACCAUAGAUUGCAUGGCUUUAGUCUGCAGAAUUAGAGGAUGGUUUUCUUUUGUUUUGAGGAUUUUUGAGUUGUGGUAAUGUUGUGAAGUCUUUGCACAACCACAUAAGAACCAACACACUCUCUUUCAGUGGUAUGGCUCAAGAGUUAGUCCUGUAAAAUAAUUCUGAAUUGAAAUUUCAUAUUUAAUGUGUUGUAUUCCUGCUGGCUCUGAAUGGUCCGACAA